AUUAAAAUUCUUUCAUUUGUUUCUCUCUCUAGUUUUUCCCUCUCUCUAGUUCUUCGAUUAACACGACUAUGAUGAGCGAUGUUGUUGCAGACAUUAUGUGCCUCGUAUCAGACAACCUUGAUGACAAACGACUUGUGUAGUCGUACACUCGUACGUGGAUGAAGGGUGCCACUGAAGAUCACCCUGUGUGUUAUGCUACACUUUUCAAUUUUUCAUGCUAUGCAACUAGCCCACUAUAUUUUGCUGUUCUUUGCUUGUUAUAGGCUGAUUGUCAAUAUACAUGUAGCUGCCCUUUCAUUUUGAUGAAUGAAUUUGAAUCAUUGUUGACAGUUGGAAUUACUCACUUAUAAAGUGUUAGACAUAGUUGUCUCAAAACAUAUGUUUUCCUAACGUGUGUAGAUUUUAAAGUGUUAGACAUGAUGUUAAAAGUUAGAACAUGGUAAUCGUGGUUAAAAACUAAUUUAGCAUAUUGCUAAGACUCUAAGAUUGUGUGAACUACUUUCCAAUUAUUACAAAGUAGCAAUGAACAAAAUUUAUUAAUUUGUGCAAUGGAGUAACAAAUCUAUCACUGAACGACGAGUUCUAGCUCACCUUGAUCCCAACCCUAUAUAACACCCCCCACGAAUUAUAAUUUAUAUUGUGAACGCGACUCAACUUGACUAGAUGGAUUAUAUCAACAAUUGUUAGUCUUCCUGCUAUUAUUAUAACGGAUAGUUGCAAUAACUAUUUAUCAACCUACAUGUAUCAUUUCUUCUUCAAAACACAGUUCUUCAAAAUUAUCACAUGUAAAUGAAUACUAACCUAUGAAUUGAGCAAACAGCGAACAGAUUUCCCCUGCCAAUCUCAAAAUUAUUGCCCAGAACCAGAAUUAUUAUAUUUAUAGUUAGUGGCACCCAAGUACUGCUUUACCCACAUAAGACUUUUUAUGCAAUCUACUCUUCUUCCAUGAAAAUUUCAUGCUUUCUCUUGUCACAUUUAUAUGUUUCCAACAUUUAUUGCACAUUUCAUACUUGUAUUUGUUUACAUUCACAUAAAACUGUUUGAUAUUUGAAUUGAUAGAAAACACAAAUUUAGGUAAGAAAAUUGAGGAUCAUGAGUUGGUAUUGUUGUGGUUUAUCGUUCCAAAGGACUAAUAGCCAAGUGAGACGGCCACCUUCUGAUUCAACUCUUUUGCCCGCGACAAAUUCACAACUUGCAUCUUCUUCAGAAAACAAAGAGCCUAACACAACUGAAAGAGCUAAUGAUGACAGUGCUCCAACCAGAAAGAUACAUGAAUUUACUUUUCAACAGCUACUUGAGGCAACUCAGAGAUUCAGUACAGAAUGUUUCAUGGAUGAACGUAGCUUUGGACCUGUUUACCAAGGGAAACUCAGAGAUACCGGAGAGGUACUAACAAGGACUUCAUUUCCUGCUUUCUCCGUUUCUAAAUGUUCUUCUAUGUUUGACUUUUUCUAUCAGAAAUAUACCAACUAGGAUUCUAGGAAUAACAUUUAAGAACAAAGGAUGUACUUAACGAAGUAGAAUUCUAUCACCAUCCAAUUCACGUCGUCGUUGAAUGAAGACUGACAUUAGAUCAUUUGUUCUUAGAUUGUAGCUGUCGAGCUUUGGGAUCAAAAUAUUCGAAAUGAAUCACCAGAACACAAAGAAUUUCUUCGACGGUUAAAGAUACUGAGCUUCCUUAAUCAUCCAAAUGUGAUAACUCUUAUAGGAUAUUGUAUUGAAGAAGAUCAGAGAAUAUUAGUUUACGAAUAUCUGUCUUUGACAUCAUCCCUGUACCGGCAUCUACACGGUAAUAAAAUUUGUUCUAAAUUCUGAUCUUAUGUUUAAACAUGAACCAUCUUAUGUUCUAAAAAAAGUACGUGUUCUUAUGAUGGUAAGACGGUCUUACACAAAAGUUUCUUAGGUUUCGUAGCAGCCAACUACUAAUUGUUUCAUGUGGUAUUAUGUUAUAUUGUCACUUUGCAUCAGCAAGUAAACUUUGAAAUUUCAGGCAGAUUAUCAAAGAAAAAUCCGCCCUUAGAUUGGAAUACGAGAAUGAAAAUAGCUCUGGGGAUAGCCAGAGGUUUAGA